CCGCGAGAAGCGGCUCUGCGGCCGCAGGCGCAGGCCCGGGCUGACUUCCGAGACGCGCAGCUCCGGCCCCAACAUGCGCCGCUUACUGUGCCUGGCGCUGGCCGCGUCGCUCCUGCACGUGUCCCUGCAAGGCGAGUUCCAGAGGAAGCUCUACAAGGACCUGGUCAAGAACUACAACCCCUUGGAGAGGCCCGUGGUCAACGACUCGCAGCCGCUCACCGUCUACUUCUCCCUGAGCCUUCUGCAGAUCAUGGACGUGGAUGAGAAGAACCAAGUGUUGACCACCAACAUUUGGCUGCAAAUGUCUUGGAUAGAUCACUAUUUACAGUGGAAUAUGUCAGAGUAUCCAGGCGUGAAGACGGUUCGUUUCCCAGAUGGCCAGAUCUGGAAGCCAGACAUUCUCCUCUACAACAGUGCUGAUGAGCGGUUUGACGCCACGUUCCACACCAACGUGUUAGUGAAUUCUUCUGGGCACUGCCAGUACCUCCCUCCAGGCAUCUUCAAGAGCUCCUGCUACAUUGAUGUGCGAUGGUUCCCCUUUGAUGUGCAGCAGUGCAAACUGAAGUUUGGGUCCUGGUCUUAUGGAGGGUGGUCCUUGGAUCUGCAGAUGCAGGAGGCAGACAUCAGCGGCUAUAUCCCAAAUGGAGAAUGGGACCUUGUGGGGGUCCCUGGCAAGCGGAGUGAGAAGUUCUAUGAGUGCUGCAAAGAGCCAUACCCGGAUGUGACCUUCACUGUCACCAUCCGCCGCAGGACCCUCUACUAUGGCCUCAACCUUCUCAUUCCCUGUGUGCUCAUCUCUGCCCUGGCCCUCCUCGUGUUCUUGCUCCCUGCAGACUCUGGGGAGAAAAUCUCCCUGGGGAUUACAGUUUUACUCUCUCUUACCGUCUUCAUGCUGCUGGUGGCUGAGAUCAUGCCUGCGACCUCUGACUCAGUGCCCUUGAUAGCCCAGUACUUCGCUAGCACCAUGAUCAUCGUGGGCCUCUCCGUGGUCGUCACGGUGAUCGUGCUACAGUACCACCACCACGACCCCGACGGUGGCAAGAUGCCCAAAUGGACAAGAGUCAUCCUCCUGAACUGGUGUGCCUGGUUCCUGCGCAUGAAGAGACCGGGGGAGGACAAGGUGCGGCCGGCCUGCCAGCACAAGCAGCGCCGCUGCAGCCUGGCCAGCGUGGAGAUGAGCGCCGUGGCGGGGCCGCCGGCUACCAACGGCAACCUGCUGUACAUCGGCUUCCGUGGCCUGGACAGCGUGCACUGCGCGCCCACCCCCGACUCGGGGGUCGUGUGUGGCCGCCUGGCCUGCUCGCCCACGCACGACGAGCACCUGCUGCACGGCGGCCAGCCCUCGGAGGGGGACCCGGACCUGGCCAAGAUUCUGGAGGAGGUACGCUACAUCGCCCACCGCUUCCGCUGCCAGGACGAGAGCGAGGCCGUGUGCAGCGAGUGGAAGUUCGCGGCCUGUGUGGUGGACCGCCUGUGCCUCAUGGCCUUCUCGGUCUUCACCAUCCUCUGCACCAUCGGCAUCCUGAUGUCGGCGCCCAACUUCGUCGAGGCUGUGUCCAAAGACUUCGCUUGACUCAGUCCUGGCUCCCAGCAUGUAGGAAACGCAGAGAUGGGCGAUGACGUUGGCUUAGGGAGAACUUGGGGGCGCUGAUUCUACAGCACCGUUAAACCCGAGGACUCAGAUGUACCCUAUCGCUGUCAUGUCGGUUUCAGUUUACUUGUUACUUUCAGUAAUAGGAUCUCAGCACGUUUCUGUUUAACCCUCUUUGAUGGGCCACUCGAUAUCCUCCGAGCAUCCUUAUGGUCAGCAGGACCCUGGAGAGGUCAUUUUGCCCAUUCUCCACUGCCUGGUGUGCCCUUCAAAGAGGUUUGCGUAGCUCAGGACUGACUGCCAGGUGAGGCCUGGGUAGCUGGUCUGCAUGCCUGCAUGUCACUUGCUGUGAGGGCUUACAUGAAAAUUCAUAUCUGCUUUGCCUGUGUACAAAUCUAGAUUGAAGCUAAUCAUCAUAAUAAACCACACUCAGUAAAUCCAUCAGAUAAUUGACUGAUGAAACAAAACUAAACUAAAACUUAAAAACCCAACUGCUGGUUUUUCUUCGAUUCAGACUUUAAUUUUCUCUACCAAAAGCAGUUGGUAGAGAGAAACAGUUUU